AACCACAAACCCAACGAAGAAGGAAAAAAAAAGGAGGAAAAGAAAAGAGGAGGAAAGCGAAGAGGUUGGAGAGAGACGCUCGUCUCCACGUCGCCGCCAUGGCCGCCCGCGCCGCCGCCGCCGCGUUCCUGCUGCUGCUCAUCGUCGGCGCGGCCACCGCGGCGCCGGACAUGUCGAUCAUCUCCUACAACGCGGAGCACGGGGCGCGGGGGCUGGAGGAGGGGCCCACGGAGGCCGAGGCGCGCGCCGCGUACGACCUCUGGCUCGCCGAGAACGGCGGCGGCUCGCCCAACGCGCUCGGCGGCGAGCACGAGCGCCGGUUCCUCGUGUUCUGGGACAACCUCAAGUUCGUCGACGCCCACAACGCCCGCGCCGACGAGCGCGGCGGGUUCCGCCUCGGGAUGAACCGCUUCGCCGAUCUCACCAACGAGGAGUUCCGCGCGACCUUCCUCGGCGCCAAGGUCGCCGAGAGGAGCCGCGCCGCCGGGGAGAGGUACCGCCACGACGGGGUGGAGGAGCUGCCGGAGUCCGUCGACUGGAGGGAGAAGGGCGCCGUCGCCCCCGUCAAGAACCAGGGCCAAUGCGGAAGCUGCUGGGCCUUCUCCGCAGUAAGCACAGUAGAAAGCAUCAACCAACUUGUUACUGGUGAGAUGAUCACAUUGUCGGAACAAGAACUUGUAGAAUGCUCAACCAAUGGACAGAACAGUGGCUGCAACGGUGGGCUCAUGGAUGAUGCCUUUGACUUCAUCAUUAAGAAUGGAGGCAUUGAUACUGAAGAUGACUAUCCUUACAAAGCUGUAGAUGGCAAGUGUGACAUCAACAGGGAAAAUGCUAAGGUUGUGAGCAUCGAUGGCUUUGAGGAUGUACCUCAAAAUGAUGAGAAAUCACUUCAGAAGGCGGUUGCUCACCAACCAGUCAGUGUUGCUAUUGAGGCUGGUGGCCGCGAGUUCCAGCUCUAUCAUUCGGGCGUCUUCAGCGGUAGGUGUGGCACAAGCCUUGACCAUGGUGUGGUUGCCGUCGGUUAUGGCACUGACAAUGGCAAAGACUACUGGAUUGUCCGCAACUCUUGGGGCCCGAAGUGGGGUGAGUCUGGAUACGUUCGCAUGGAGCGCAAUAUCAAUGUGACCACGGGGAAGUGUGGCAUUGCCAUGAUGGCAUCAUACCCUACCAAGAGCGGAGCAAACCCACCCAAGCCAUCUCCGACUCCUCCAACUCCUCCAACACCACCUCCCCCAUCCGCCCCUGACCAUGUCUGCGAUGAUAACUUCUCUUGCCCAGCGGGCAGCACCUGCUGCUGCGCAUUCGGCUUCAGGAAUCUCUGCUUGGUUUGGGGCUGUUGCCCAGUUGAAGGUGCAACCUGCUGCAAGGAUCAUGCCAGCUGCUGCCCGCCUGACUACCCUGUCUGCAACACCCGGGCUGGAACCUGCUCAGCGAGCAAGAACAGCCCAUUGAGCGUGAAGGCUUUGAAGCGCACGCUCGCUAAGCUGAACACCGCAUGAGCUCAUCGAUAACAUGUAAUCGGCGAGGAGAGGGGAUGAGGCAGCGUGGAGCCUUUCUGAAAUUUCUGCUUCCGUGCCUCCAUAUAUCGUUGUCGCAUUUUGAGGGGACAGCUUAUUUACUCUACUGCCUGCCUUUUAUCUUACAGUGAUCUGUGUACAUAGCUCGAUCCAAUUUGUACUCUUAUUUAUCUUCUCCAAUUUGUACUCUAUAUAAUUUAUCAUCUCAAGAAUACAUUAACGAAGAUCCUGUUUUACCGUUCCAAAUUC